UCUGUGCGGUCCCGAGACGCUUGCUUGCGUGAGAUCUUCAUCCCGAUCUCCAUCGAUAUCUAAGUUUUCACUCCGUCAGCUUUCGGUCAAAUCGGGCAUGCGGCUUUGCCAUCACUCUCAGCGGCUCCACUGCGGGAUGCCGUACAAGUGCGCCUGUAAAACGUGGUGAACGGGCACAGCACGGCAGAAUGUGGAGUAAAAACAGCCCUGUGGCCCAGGUGGGUGCAUGCUAUCUGCCCGCAUUCGUUGCAUGAGAGCUACAAGACUUGGGCUUUCCUGCAACAAAGAGACUUGUGAUAGCUUCGCUACACAUUUUUCGCGCUGACCGACCGGUCGCGUAAAGCCAAUCCAUGUUCAAAGUGGUUUGUGGAGUGGGCAAGUUCCCGGGGAGGGUGAAGAAAUGCAUCCCAGCAUCGGCUCUUUUUGAAGCUCUUUCCUUCCAGGUUUACAUUUUCUGCCAAUUUCUGAGCUCCAUUCUCUCUAUACUAAUAAGAGUAUAUCAUUGAUUUCUUCCAUCAGAUCGGUUCAAUAUGUUGACAGAAUCAGUUGCUUUUGCUUCGCCCAGAUCAUGGCAGGACAUCAGAGAUGCAAAGAAAGCGGAGCAAGCUGCACGGAUUCCGGUCGAAUGGAGGCUGACAGAGUUUCCUCUUGCUGGAACAAUCGACGUACGGCCUGUUGCUAGUACAUGCGGGAUUCUGUCUGGACGAGAAUUGAAGAUUACAGGGAAUUCAUACGACGCGACAUCCUUGGCUUCAGCCAUCGCGAAUGGCAUUUAUUCUGCGGAGGAGGUUGCCGUGGCUUUCUGCAAACGAGCUGCUGUUGGACACCAACUAUGUAAUAAUCUUACUGAAAUCAUGUUCCUGGAUGCGAUUGAUGAAGCCAAAAGGUUAGAUCAGUAUUUCCAAGAGACUGGCAAGACUGUGGGACCUCUGCAUGGCUUGCCGAUGACUUUCAAGGAAUGCUUUCAUAUCAAAGGCUACGAUUACUCUAAUGGGUACAUUUCGAAAGCUUUCAACCCGUCCUCAUCCACCACAUAUGUCAUCGAACUCGUGAAGGCAGCUGGAGCAGUUGUAAUUGCAAAGACAAACGUUCCACAGACAAUGUUGGUCGCGGAAGCUGAUAACAAUGUAUUUGGUCAAACAAAGAAUCCAGUAGUAUACCAUCUCACCUGCGGUGGAAGUAGUGGGGGAGAAGGCUCGAAUAUGGCUUUCCGAGGGUCUGCAAUUGGAGUCGGUACCGAUGUUGGGGGAUCAGUCCGUAUUCCUGCUGCGGCAAACGGUGUUUAUGGAUUCAAACCGACUUGUGGACUAUUGCCGUUUCAUGGCUAUGCAGCAUCAGGUUAUACUGGAGUGAAUACUGGCAUCUCUGCCACGCUUGGGCCACUCGCUCAAUCCGUUCGUGACCUUGCACUCUUCACACGCGUCGUACGAGAUGCAAAGCCCUGGUGUGUUGAUCCCGCGGUUGUGCCACAAGUUUUCGAGCAGGGGAUGAUAUCUCGCAAACCCGUCGUGGGUGUGAUUUCUAGUAGCGGACUCACUCCUCAUCCACCUCUGAGACGAGCCCUUCAAGAUGCUGCGAUGAAGUUGAAAGCUGCUGGUUUCAAUGUGAAAGAAUUUGUUCCACCAAAUUUGACCAGUAUUCGUGAGGUGACUGCGGAACUCUUCACUCUGGACGGUCUUUCGUACCAAAAGGACACUUUAGCAGAAUCAGGCGAACCUCCGGUUCAGGCAGUGCUAGAUAUUGGUUUCUGGAACAUGCCGCGGAAAUCUCAAGAGGAGACUUGGGCAUUGAAUACCAGAAGAUUCGGCUUUUGCAAACAGAUGUUGGAUCGUUGGCAAGAGGCAGAGAUCGAUGUUGUGCUGUGUCCGGCUGGACCUCAUACGCCUGUGCUCCCUGGCCAAUGGAACAAUGAUACUUAUACCGUUGCUUGGAAUGCUGUUGAUGUAAGUUGGUCGAUCGCUUUAUAAUCUAACUCACGAUUUUUAGUACCCUUCCGUUAUAAUCCCUUUCACUACCGCAGAUCCGAUACUUGACCCGAAGGAUACCAACUUCGUCGCACUCAGUGAAAUAGACACCAUCAACGAAACAAAAUGUGCGGUCUUCUCCUCGUUCUUUUCGUUCCUAAAUUGACAAUUCCAGAUGACCCUGAACUUCUCGCCGGAGCUCCUGCUAGCCUUCAAAUCGUGGCACAAAAAUGGGGAGAUGAACAGUUGUUGGCAGAUGUUGAGGUCAUUGACCAAAUAUUGAAUGGCAAGCCUUCUGGUGAAACUGCGUCGUCUUCAGGAGUUCCCAAAUUGUGAUGGGACUUGUGUUUUUGUACAUACCCCAUGCUUGUUCCAGCGCCUACCCGGAUACUAAAACAAUGUCAUGAUCUACUCAAAUAGCUUCUUUUUUGGUUCGAAC